AUGGGAAUGAUCAAAAAUGGGAAGAGAGGCUUCCUGGGUGUUGGGGGAGGGGCUUCCCAGGAACAGCCAACUCGGUCCCCAGACUCGGUCCCCAGACUCGGUCCCCAGACUCGGUCCCCAGACUCGGUCCCCAGACUCGGCCCCCAGACUCGGUCCCCAGACUCGGUCCCCAGACUCGGUCCCCAGACUCGGUCCCCAGACUCGGUCCCCAGACUCGGUCCCCAGACUCGGUCCCCAGACUCGGUCCCCAGGCCUUAUUGUGCCAAGUUCUCUCCGUCUCUGCGGCCGUUCCUUCAGACGGUGGUCAUCAGUAUGGUGUCGUUCGGUGAGACUCACGGCAAACAACAAUCAGGAAUCGGAAAAGCCGCCUUAUCACUUCUAACUUCAGGGAAAUACGUGAUGGAUCCGGAGCUGAGGGGAGCAGAGUUUGAGCGGAUCACUCAAAACUUGGAUUUGCAGUUUUGGAAAUCCUUCUGGAACCUGACGGAAACUGGGCUAAUCACAGGCUUCAGCCGGAUCGCUUCAAACCCAGUGCAGGUGAAUCUGACGCUGUCUCUCCCUCCGGAGCCGCUGCAGCUGCCUCUGGCCUCAGACCCCAGCCUCUCCACAAACGUGUCCCCUCCCGUCGCACACUGGGGUCCUGGGCCUGUGCUCGCGCGCCUCAUAUCCUCCGAGAUUCGAGAAGGGCAGGACAGUGAGGAGCUGCUCUCUUACUCUCGGGCCGACACUGGUCCCGUUGCCAUGACGACGCUGCCCUGGGUCCAGAAGCAGCCGCACUCGCCCUGGCUCCUCGUCCACUUCCACGGAGGAGGCUUUGUGGCCCAGACGUCCAAAUCUCAUGAAAACUACCUGAGGGCCUGGUCGAAGGUUCUGGGCGUCCCGGUCCUGUCCGUGGACUACUCUCUGUCUCCUGAGGCUCCGUUCCCCAGAGCUUUGGAAGAGUGUUUCUACGCUUACUGUUGGGCUCUGAAGAACUCCCACCUCCUCGGAUCCACUGCAGAGCGCGUGUGUUUGGCCGGAGACAGCGCCGGAGGAAACCUGUGCAUCACCGUGAGCAUGAAGGCCAUGUCCUGCGGGGUUCGAGUCCCAGACGGCAUCAUGGCCGCAUACCCCGCCACCCUGCUCACCACGGACGCCUCGCCCUCCCGCCUGCUCACUGCCAUCGACCCUCUGCUGCCACUAGGGGUCCUCGCCAAGUGCCUCAACGCUUACACAGGGAUGGGCUCGGAGUUGGUGCAGCCCGCAGUGCACCGCGGCAGCCUGAGCGCUCUUGGACGGGACACGGCUCUGCUCCUCGGUGACCUCACCCAGACCGCCUCCAACUGGAUCCAGUCCUUUCUGGACCCGGCACGGAACAUGGACAGACGGCCUAACAACCUCCACUCCUCCGCUUCAGCCCCGUCCCUGAGCCGCUCUGGCCACAGCAGCACCGUGGAUUACCCAGAAGGCUUUGAACCUCUUCGGUCCCAGUGCCUCGCCGUCGUUCACCCGACUUCUUUCCCAAUCCUCAAAAAUCCUUUUGUGUCGCCGCUGUUGGCUCCGGAGCAGCUGCUGAGAGGCCUCCCGCCCGUUCAUAUCGUGGCCUCUGCUCUGGACGCCUUGCUGGACGACUCUGUGAUGUUUGCAAAGAAGCUGCGGGCCAUGGGGCAGCCGGUGACCCUGACCGUGGUGGAGGACCUUCCCCACGGCUUCCUCAGCCUCUCGCAGCUCACCAAAGAGACGGAGGUGGCGGCCGGAGUCUGUAUGCAAAAGAUCAGGCAGAAGCACAGGAGAGAAGUUGGAGCAGUGACUCCAGAAGCCUCAGGUUGA